AUUGAUCAAGUCUAAAUAGUUUUAUCUACAUGUUAAACUAUUUUUCAUUGCCAAGUAACUCAGUCUGAACUAGUAAACAUUCACUAGAGCCCGGGAGCAUGCAAAGCAUACGAAAAAGAAAUCAAAAGUUCUUCAUAUAGUACAAGAUAUUACUCGUACGGCCAGUUGCAAAGGAUUGUAAAUUAUGAAUCAUAAUAUUUUAUCAUCCGUACCUUAAAAUUUAUAAUUUUCCGAUAAAAAUUGGAAUUAAACGCUAAUUAUUGAUAUUAGUUGCACCGUCUCGAAAAAUUAUAAAUAUUGCGUUGCAGUGCGGGUAAAAUCUCUCAGUGUUUUUCGAAUCUUUGUCUAAACAAGUACUACAUAGGUUUAGUAUAAAUAAAAAAUAUUUAUGUCGUGGAAAAUUUUCGUAUUACAACUGUUUAUUUCGGUAUUAUAUUUUGCCAGUCUUUUAGCGCAAGAAGGCGAAUAUAAAUUUUCUAAUAAGGAUGCCGACUACUUGGUGGUUAAUGAUAAGAAAUCGUGGGAAGACGCUAAAAAAUAUUGUAAAGAAAACAAGCAGAUGCAACUAGUUUCUUUCGAGACACAAGAAAAACUGGUUAAAUUCAUUAUAUUUUUAUAUAAAUAUGACUUUCUACAAAGUCAAAAUGUACAUCCAGACAGUCCUUUUGUAUUCGCUUAUUGGACAUCUGGCAACAAUCUAGAAAAUCCCAAUAAAUUCAUUUGGGACACCGUUCAGAUGCCGGUAGAAUAUUUUCAUUGGCUGAAUAACCGCGAAGAAGCACCUGGGGGUAAGGGCUGCAUUCUAAUGGGCCUGAAGACUUUUGGCCGCUGGACCAAUGCAUCGUGUGAUGAGCCUAAUCUUUUUAUCUGUGAGAAGCCUCAUUAAAUAUGUACUCCUAUCUAUUUAAAAAAAUAAUAAUUGUACAAAUAUUGGGAAUUAAAAAAAUUAUAUUGAAAACUAGAAUAUUUUGUAUAAAAUUAGCAAUUUUUUGCAGUAAAGCAAUCCUGAAAACUUCUAAUGUCGAAAAAAUUUAAAGAAAACUUUUAUUAAAAUCGAAAAUUGUAAUUUUCAAAAAUUCUUUAAUCCCGAAUUACUGCCAUAAUACCGAAAUUUUUCAAUCUCGAAAAUAUGUUGUCAUUAGCUUUU